AUGGAUGACUUGCUCAAGUUUGCGGCCUGCACCAUGGUGGGCCUUCCCAUCCAGGUUCAAACCAAGUCUGGCCUGGUGUACCAGGGUGUGCUUAAUGCCAUCAACGUGGCCGAUGAUUUUGGCGUCUCCCUUUGCCACGCCUGCGUCAAACCAACCUCCAACGCCAAAGCGCCUUUUGCGGAUCCGCCAACGGUGUUGAAGCCCAGCGACGACAUUGAGGUCAUUGUCAUUCAAGGAAAAGACAUUGCACAAAUCUUCGCCGUCGGUGCCAACCUCGAUGCACGAGGUCUGGCCGCAGAGACCCCUGCCGGCAGUGGAUCCGGCGCUCAUCUCGAUGCCUUCACCGACGUGGGCAUCUCCAAGAACCGUGGCGGCGGGGAACGUGAGCUUGAACGCUUUGCUUUUAAUGAUGAUGAAGACGCCGACCUUGGUGGUCUGGAGGACGACGACGAUGACACGAGCGGCUAUUCAUUCAAACAGAUGGCUGAUGCCUACCAAGCACAGACUGGCGAAACACUGAGUUACAACGAAACGGACUACUCCACCGUCGUGGACACAAGCGGUCCUGACUUUGAACGCCGCCGCCGCGCUGCUGAGAAACUGGCCAAGGAUAUCGACCGUGGAAAAAAGAACCAACACACGGCAACUCGUCAUGCCCCCGCCGAUGAUGAAGAGAGCCUUCAUUCAGCCGUUGUGCGCAACCCCAGUGCCACUUCCAACACAACCUCAACCAAGCCAAGUGGUGCCGGCGCCUCGCGUAAAGCAACAGCAGAACGAUCCGACGACAACAACUGGCGUCGCUCGCCCGCAACGGCCGCAGCCGCCGUGUCCAAAGGCAGCAAGGCUGCCGGGCGGGAAACGGAAGAACUGAAGAAGUUGAUUGACUUUAGCAAUGGCUUCCAAAUAUCUUCCGGCAGUAGCGCCUCUUCAAAACGAGCUGAUGUGCCCAAGGCGGAAGCCACCCAGCCCAAGAGCAAGCCCCAAGCCAAGCCCAAGUCCUCCGGGGCCAAGUCCUCCGGGGCCAAGUCUACUGACUCCAAGCCUGCUGACUCCAAGCCUGCUGACUCCAAGCCUGCUGACUCCAAGCCUGCCGACCCCAAACCUGCUGAUUCCAAACCUGCUGAUUCUGCUGCGGCAGAAGCAACCCCAAAAGAACCUGCUGCAGAGACAAAGAAGAAGAUGACGUUGAAUGUCGAUGCCGAUCCCUUUGUCCCCACCAACUUUGUCAAGCCGUCACCCGUCAUGACCAACUUGCCACCUCAGCCCGUUCACCAGCACAUGAUGCCAGGACAUCAACACAUGUACCAAUAUCCCCAGAUGCCCCCCAUGCAGCCCCAUCAAGGGUUCGCCCCAGGACCACACAAUGUCAUGUAUCAGCCACAGCCGCCCUUUAUGAUGCCUCAAUACCAACACGCCAUGCCAGGACACAUGUCUUACGGCAACGUGCCAUAUUCCUAUCACCACCACCACCACCACCCCAACUAG